AUGCCGCGCUCCUUCCUGGUGAAAAGCAAGAAGGCACACAAUUACCACCAGCCCCGCGUCCGGGACCAUGAGCCCGUCUGGCCGCCAGUCCUGAGCCCGGUGGCCAGUGACCAGGUCCCGAGCAAUGACCCUGUUCUCAGCACCCUGUUCCCGAGCCAGUGUCUGGACUGGACCAACCUCAAGCGAGAGCCAGAGCCGGAGCCGGAGUCGGAGCUGGAGCUGGACCAGAGCUUGACCAGGAUGGUCUCAGCACCAGAGGGUCCUGCUGUGAUGUCCCAAGCCCAGGGCAGGGACUCGCCACCCUCCGAUUCACCCCCAUUCUACAAGCCCAGCUUCUCCUGGGACGCCCUGGCCGCAUCCUACAGCCGCAGCUACCGGCACGCCCCCUCCACCAUGCAGUCUGCCUUCCUGGAGCGCUCCGUCAGCCUGUACGGCAGCCCUCUGGUGCCCAGCGCCGAGCCGGCCCUGGACUUCAGCCUCCGCUACUCCCCGGGGCUGGAGGCGUACCACUGUGUCAAGUGCAACAAGGUCUUCUCCACCCCACACGGGCUUGAGGUGCAUGCCCGCCGCUCCCACAGCGGGACGCGGCCCUUCGCCUGUGACGUCUGCGGCAAAACCUUCGGCCACGUGGUGAGCCUGGAGCAGCACACACACAUCCACUCCCAGGAGCGCAGCUUCGAGUGCCAGAUGUGUGGCAAAGCCUUCAAGCGCUCGUCCACCCUGUCCACCCACUUGCUCAUUCACUCGGACACACGGCCCUACCCCUGCCAGUUCUGCGGCAAGCGCUUCCACCAGAAGUCGGACAUGAAGAAGCACACCUACAUUCACACGGGUGAGAAGCCACACAAGUGCCAGGUGUGCGGGAAGGCCUUCAGCCAGAGCUCCAACCUCAUCACCCACAGCCGCAAGCACACGGGCUUCAAGCCCUUCAGCUGCGAGCUCUGCACCAAGGGCUUCCAGCGCAAGGUGGACCUGCGGCGGCACCGUGAGAGCCAGCACAACCUCAAGUGA